AUGGCGACCUCGUUAGCUCGAAUCUCCAGGAGAGGCAUCGCGUAUGCCCUGUCUUCGAAUCUGAUUCGGCGUUCCUUCGCUGCUGAAGCGGUUGUGCUGAAGACAACGGAAGUGCCUAAGCCGAUAUCGGAGGUGACGCCUUCGCCGGAUCGGGUGAAAUGGGACUACAGAGGUCAAAGACAGAUCAUUCCUCUGGGACAGUGGCUACCCAAGGUCGCGGUCGACGCUUACGUGGCACCUAACGUUGUGUUGGCCGGUCAGGUCACCGUCUGGGACGGAUCGUCCGUCUGGAACGGUGCCGUUUUGAGGGGAGAUCUCAACAAGAUCACUCUUGGAUUCUGCUCGAAUGUCCAGGAACGGUGUGUUGUUCAUGCCGCGUGGUCGUCUCCAACAGGAUUACCAGCGGAGACAUUGAUCGAUAGGUACGUGACAGUUGGUGCAUACAGUCUCUUAAGAUCAUGCACCAUCGAACCCGAAUGCAUCAUCGGGCAGCACUCGAUACUAAUGGAAGGUUCGCUGGUGGAGACCCGAUCAAUCCUGGAAGCUGGCUCUGUUCUCCCACCUGGUAGAAGAAUCCCAUCUGGUGAACUCUGGGGAGGCAAUCCAGCGAGGUUUAUCCGAACACUCACCAAUGAAGAAACCUUGGAGAUCCCGAAACUCGCUGUUGCCAUCAACCACCUCAGUGGAGACUACUUCUCUGAGUAUUUACCUUACUCAACUGUCUAUCUAGAGGUUGAGAAGUUCAAGAAAUCCCUUGGGAUUGCCGUCUAG